CGGGCCGGGGCGUGACCGGGCGAGAGAGGGUCGACCGUUGGCGAAGGCGGGUAGCCGGCUCUCCGGCGUUUGGGGAGGCCCAAGGAGCUGCCCAUCCUCUAGGAAGGCGGCUGUUCUUACGGUUCCAUUAUAUGCACAGCCAAAAUGUCAUGGCUACAGUCUGCAAUCAAUCACUGUAGUGAAGAUGUGUUUGAUGAAGAUGCCAGUGAGAUAGACAUAGCACAGAAGGAGUGGAAGAACACCAUGCAGAAGCGUGUCAAAGAAGGCUACACAGAAGGAAUUGAAGCUGGCAAAGAGGUGACACUUCAACAGGGUUUUAAUCGGGGAUAUCAAGAAGCAGUAAGAGCAAUGCUUUUCUGUGGCCAACUUAAAGGAACCAUAAGUGCUCUUUCAUCUUGGUGUCAGCACAGAGGAUGCAGUUCUGCUGUACAGAGUGAGAUGAGUGACCUAGUGAAUGAAGUGAAAAAAUAUGAAGAAUAUUUGCUUAAGAAACUUAACCAUGCCCAAUCACAACCCCAUGUUGGAGAUUUGACGAAUACUAUGGAGGACAUGGAUUUUGGUCAUCAGUGCAAUGGAGCAACAGACAAAACAGUUUGUGAAAGUGGCAUUGAGUUUAGUGGAACCAGUAUUGGGACUGAUUCUUUACAAAGUGAAUGUUGUAGAAGGGUAAAAGAAGGCAUAGCUGUUACAAGGCCUACCCUUACUUGUAUAAAAGAAAAAACUGCCACCUUAGUGGCACAAUUAGGGUUGUCUCCAGACACAGUUGAACACAUCCAACUGUUUCAAAAUUAGUUCUUUGCAUGACACUAUAUUUAUUUGUAGAUAAUGUCUUGUGGGAAUGAAACCACCUCAUGCAAACAGUUUUUUCAUUCAAUUACUUCUUAAUAAAAUAUCCUUUACUUACAA